GGCUCUGAGGCAGUUUGGGGGGUUUAUAUUGCAUUCACCCCCCGAAAGGCCAGCCAAGGAGGGGGGCUGCAGGGCCACAGUGCUUUCCUGCCGCACCGAGGGCGGGGAGAGCUGCUCUGCGUAGCCAUGGCAACUUGAUUUUUUAAAUCUAGAGCCGGGGGGGCGGCUGUGCCGCCCACGUCGGGGAGCAGUGAUGGGGUUUUGGCCCCUCGGACCCCACUGGAGAGCAGAACUUGCCUGCACCACCCCGCCACUCCAAAUCAGCACCAAGGGCCUGAAGAUCAAUAAUUUACAAAACAUUUCUAUUUUUUUCUUCCCAUUUUGCUGCUUUCCCAGAAUAAGCGAUGGGCGCCAGGAAGGUGCGGCUGGACGGGGACCUGCGCGCCCUGCUGCUGGAGGCGCCCGGACGCUGCGUGCCCUAUGCGGUCAUAGAAGGAACGACUACGAGAAGAUCAUCCACCAGAGAACCAACACCACCCCCUUUGACCUGGUCCCUGCCGAGGACGGCGCCGGCGUCACCGUCCGGGUGAUGAAGCCUCUGGAGGCUGCCGAGCUCAGCCUGGAGACGGUGUACGAGAAAUUCCACCCGUCUGUCCAGUCCUUCACCGACGUCAUCGGCCACUACAUCAGCGGGGAGCGCCCCAAGGGCAUCCAGGAGACCGAGCAGAUGCUGAAGGUGGGCACGGCCCUGACCGGCGUGGGAGAGCUGGUCCUGGACAACGCCACCAUCAAGCUGCAGCCCCCAAAGCAGGGCAUGCCCUACUACCUGAGCUCCCUGGAUUUCGAGUCCUUGCUGCAGAAGCAAGAGUCCGGCGCGCGCUUUUGGAAGAUCCUGACGGUGGUGUCGGGCUUUGCCACCUGCGCCGUGCUGUUCUUCCUGCUGCGGAAGCAGUACCGGCAGCACCGGGAGCGGCAGCGCCUCCGGCAGAUGCAGGAGGAGUUCCGGCUGGCCCAGGAGCGCCUGACGAACACCGAGGGGGGGGAGGUGCUCAAGAACGCCUGCGUGGUCUGCUUGAGCAGCACCAAAUCCUGCGUUUUCCUGGAGUGUGGCCACGUCUGCUCCUGCCACGAGUGCUACCAGGCUCUUCCCAAUCCCAAAAAGUGCCCAAUCUGCAGGCAGGGCAUCACCAGGGUGGUUCCCUUGUACAACAGUUAAUUUUUUGUGGUUCCCCGGGGGGAGACUUUGGAUUUAAAGCUGCCACUGGCAAAGCGGUUUUGUCGCCUCACUGCUUGGGUGGUGGGUUUUGGGGAAGGGGAGGGAGCUUGAGGGAGUGGGUGCUUCACCAGGGGGGCAGAGCUGAGUCUGAAAAGGUGACUCUGCAGCUGAUCAGGGCUCACGCUAUAAUCUGGGGGUGAUUUUGAGAGAUGAUUCCUUGCAAAGGGUGAGGUGCCUGGGGCAAGAUGCAGCUUGAAGCUCUUCCGUUAAGGUUUGGACUUGCAAGGUUUGUGUCAUGCUUACAGAGCCUGCAGCCCCUUACCCAGCUGAUAAAAACAUGGGGAAAACAGAAAUAAAAUGUAUUAAGGGUUCUGGGAGGCUGCAGAAUUCCUGUGAGGCUUCCAGAGGGCUGCGAGGCCUAACGGAGCAGGAGGGGCUGUCGGAGAGCUCGUACCAGGGGUGUGAACACAGGUAAUUCUGUGAGCCCCCCAAAAUGGCUUUGUCACACCAGGAUGUGAGGAUGAGGAUGUGAGAAUGCUGUGGCUGAUGGCUGGGCUUGGCUUGGCUUGGCUUGGGAUAGCAAAUGGAGUGUGAAGUAAUAAAACAGGAUGAAAAGUG